AUAUCGUCUACCUCCAUGGGGAUCUGGAGCUGAAGAUUAUCGAGGCUCGAGGGUUGCCAAAUAUGGAUUUAAUUUCGGAGCGCAUCCGUAGAUUUUUAACGGCUCUGGACUGCCGGAAACCAGGAAGGGUGACGACACAUCGCCAUGCUGCAAAGAUAAUCACCAGCGACCCUUACGUCAAAGUGUGCCUCGCCGGCGCCACGGUGGCGCGCACUCGAGUGAUCCCGAAUUCUCAGGACCCCAUCUGGGACGAGCACUUCAAGAUGAUCCCUCUGGCUCACCCUGUCCGCGAGGUCGAAUUCCAGGUGAAGGACAACGACGUGUUCGGGGCGGAUUUCAUAGGCGUGGCAAAGGUCUCGGCCCGGAAGGUCGUGUCGGGGGAGGUCAUUGAAGAAUGGUUCCCAAUCAACGGGGCUUGCGGGAAACCUCCAAAGCCCAACACCGCCAUCCGGCUAUGGAUGAAAUUCACCCCAUUCCACCACAACAACCCCCUUUACCACAAAAGCUAUGGAUUGAAAGAGAGCUACUUCCCGGUGAGGCACGGAGGUGCAGUGACGCUUUACCAGGAUGCACACACGGCCGGCUUGGUACCGGAGAUCGUUCUGGAAGAGGAAAAGCGUUUUCGACACGAAAACUGUUGGGAAGACAUUUGCCAUGCCAUUCUCGAAGCGCAUCACUUGGUUUACAUAGUUGGGUGGUCCAUUUAUCACAAGGUGAGGCUUGUGAGGGAGCCCACGAGGCCGCUGCCUAACGGAGGGAAUUUGAACCUCGGAGAGCUGCUCAAGUACAAGUCCCAGGAAGGAGUUAGGGUGCUCCUUUUGGUUUGGGAUGACAAGACUUCUCACAGCAAGUUCUUCAUCAACACGGUGGUAGGGACACUUUAUACACACCAUCAGAAGUGUGUAAUUGUUGAUGCACAAUCACAAGGAAACAAUAGGAAAAUAACAGCUUUUAUUGGAGGUCUAGACCUAUGUGAUGGACGAUACGAUACCCCCCAGCACAGAUUAUUUUCUGACCUUGACACAGUUUUCAAGGGUGACUACCACAAUCCUACAUUCCCAGAAGGGGGAGUAAAGGGACCAAGACAGCCAUGGCAUGACCUGCAUUGCAAGAUUGAAGGGCCUGCUGCAUACGAUGUUUUCAGAUCCAUAGACUCAGGAUCUUUGAAAGGGUUCCCUAAAGAUGUUCAAACCGCCAAUUCGCAGAAUCUAGUUUGCGCAAAAGAUUUAGUUAUUGAUAGGAGCAUCCAAAUGGCAUACAUCCAAGCAAUAAGACGAGCCCAGCAUUUUGUUUACAUUGAAAAUCAGUAUUUCCUCGGAUCAUCAUAUGCUUGGCCUUCUUACAAGGAUUCAGGUGCGGAUAACUUGAUCCCAAUGGAGCUUGCACUUAAAAUUGCAAGUAAAAUUCGGAAUAAAGAGAGAUUCACAGUCUAUAUUGUAAUCCCGAUGUGGCCUGAAGGUGUUCCCAAUUCUGCUCCUGUUCAAGAAAUCCUUUAUUGGCAGAUUACGGCUUCUCAGAAAUCCGGGAGGUUCAUGAUCUAUGUGCACGCCAAGGGAAUGAUUGUCGACGACGAGUAUAUCAUCUUGGGCUCUGCUAACAUCAACCAACGAUCAAUGGCUGGUUCGAGAGACACAGAGAUUUCCAUGGGUGCAUAUCAGCCCCAUCACACAUGGGCAAGCAAGCAAACACAUCCCCAUGGCCAGGUUUAUGGUUACAGAAUGUCACUCUGGGCAGAGCACAUGGGGAUGAUAGACCCUAUAUUCAACGAGCCUGCAAAGUUAGGGUGUGUUACCUUUGUCAACAAGAUUGCACGAGAUAACUGGGAGAGAUACACAGCUGCGAAGUUUGCCCCGUUACAGGGUCAUCUUCUCAAGUACCCUGUGGAAGUAGAUUGCGAUGGAAAAUUAAGCCCUCUGCCAGGAUAUGACAACUUCCCAGAUGUUGGAGGCAAAGUACUUGGAGCUAGAACAACCCUUCCUGAUGCAUUGACCACUUAAACCAGUUAAAUCACCAACUAUUUUUCUCAUAUCAAAUUUUUUGUGCACAUUUUUUUAAAACUGUUUCUGGUAAUGUACAAUAUCAGAAGAAUCAGCAAUUACAAUCAUCAAAUAGAAUAAUCAAUCAUUUGUUCAUACGUCUGUUCAUUUGUUUAGAUCCUUACAUUAUGUUAUCAAACUUAACAUGUUCCACCAAAGUCUAGCUAUAUUCUUGGUUAAAAAUUACAUGUUGUAUUCAUAAAUAACAUAUGAUUUA